AUGUCUGAACACAAAACCUCGUAUAUCUUCGUGGUGGGCGGCACCGGAGCCCAAGGCAUCCCAGUGAUCCGCGGGCUGGUCAAGGACAAAAAAUACAAAGUCCGAGCUCUCACGCGGGACGUCAACUCGAAAAGGGCCAAAGACCUCGUCGCUUUGGGCAAUGUCGAAUUAAUCGAGGGCACGUUCGCCAGUGAAGCCGACCUGCGCAGGGGAUUCCACGGCUGUGAUGGAGCGUUUGUCAAUAUUGACGGCUUCAAUUGUGGUGAGAAAACUGAGAUUUACUGGGCGAUCCGUAGCUAUGAGCUGGCGCUGGAGGAGGGAAUCAAGUUCUUUGUUUACGGGAAUCUGGAUUAUGUGUAUAAAAAGAGUGGGUAUGAUCCGAAGUUCAGAACGGGCCAUUAUGACGGUAAGGGGAGGGUGGCAGAGUGGAUUCUUGCUCAGAAUAAGGAAAAUCGGGACAGGAUGGGGGCUGCGGUUUUCACGACAGGCCCUUAUAUCGAAAUGUCGAUAUCGAUGGCGACGAUCUUUACACCGACGGUUGAGGAUGGAGUGGUGACGUGGCGGGUUCCUCUGGGCCAAGGGGCAGUCGUCCAUGUGGCGCUGGACGACUGUGAGCACUAUGCACGGUGGUUGUUUGAUAACACGAAGCGUUCAAAUGGAUUGGAUCUGGAGGUCGCGAUUGAUCACAUCCCCUACGCUGAGUUGGCUGCUGCCUUCGAGAAGGUCUCCGGGCAUCCGGCUCGAUAUAUCGACACUGAACUUGAUACCUACUGGACAACAGGGAACGUAGCUGCUGCUGCAAACACCGGAGGCGGGUACAACUCCGACCCAAAUGACCCUGCGUUCAUGACAUUCCGACAGAAUUUCACCGGUUUCUUCAACAUGUGGAAGUAUUCUGGUGGCAACAGUGGGGUGAUUCAACGGGAUUAUAAGCUUUUGGAUGAGAUCCAUCCCACCAGGAUCAGGAGUGCCGAGGAAUUCUUCCGCAGAGAAGAUGCCAAAGGGAAAGGACUUGGACUGGGAAGUCUCUGGGACCGUGUCCAGAAGAAGAACCUGAAGCCUAUCCUCAAAAUUGGCGAAGAUAGAAGAAAAGGUAGAUUGUGA